AAAGCUGCAGAUUUGUUUUCUUUAUUCAGAUUCUUCUCUGUAGGGCUAAACAAACUUUAAUUCAUGCAGACAAGAUUACUCAAGCAGACGUCGACCUGAGGCCUAAUAUGCUGUUUUUCGACAGUAAUCGAGCUCCUAUUAUAACAUAUCUACAGCUUCACGAGUGUGACAAAUUCUCGAUUGGAAUCUUCUGCUUGCCACCAUCAAGUGUCAUUCCACUUCAUAACCAUCCUGGAAUGACAGUUUUCAGCAAGCUUCUCUUCGGAACUAUGCAUAUCAAGUCAUAUGACUGGCUGGAUACGAAGGAUAAGGGGGAUGCGAACCCCGAUGGCGUAGCUCCAGUUGCUAAUCAUUCAAACAGCUAUCCAGAUGGACUGCGACCGGCAAAGCUUAAGGUCAACUCGGAGUUUACUGCACAUUGCAGCACUUCCGUCCUCUAUCCAACUGAUGGUGGAAACAUGCAUUGCUUCACAGCAAAGACAGCAUGUGCUGUACUGGACGUGCUCGGCCCUCCAUAUUGUGAUCCUGAGGGUCGCCAUUGUCAGUACUACUUCGACUACCCAUUGACUGAUUUUCCAGUUGAUGGCGUGCCUGUGUCCGAUGAGGAGAAGGACGGCUAUGCAUGGCUGAAAGAGAGGGAGAAUCCCGAGGACUUAGUUUUACUCGGAGCUCCAUAC